AUGUCUCCACGACUCGCCUUCAUUGGCCUGGGACGCAUGGGCUUGGGCAUCUCGGAGAAUAUUCUUCAUCAUGGCGACAUCGACAAGCCGCUGGUGCUCUACAACCGCACCAUGGAGAAAGCCCUUGACCACAGUCGCCGGCUGGGAGACUGUCAGGUUGCCGAGUCAAUCCCCGCGGCGGUUUCUGCGGCGGAUAUCGUCUGGCUCUGCCUGCAGGACCAGGAGGCCGUGGAGGAGGCCUUCGACCAGAUCCUGACGACGGAUCUCCACGGGAAGCUCUUUGUGGACAGUUCCACGACGACUCCAGACACGGCCAACUCGAUCGCCCGGCGCGUCUGUGACGCGGGCGGCGAGUUCGUGGCCGCACCAGUGAUGGGGGGCCCCCCCAUGGCCUUGACCCGGUCUCUGAUCUGCAUCGCCAGCGGGCCCGCGGGGUCUGUGGACCGUGUCCGACCCUACCUGAACGGCGUGAUGUGUCGGAAGGUGGUCGACCUGAGCGGCGAGGAUCCCGGCCGCGGGUUGCUGUUGAAGCUGAUGGGCAACUUCCUCAUCAUGGCGACCAUGGAGACGGUGGCGGAGGCGCACGUCUUCGCGGAGAAGAGUGGCAUCGGCAUCGACAACAUGAACCGGCUGAUGUCCGCGGUGUUCCCCGACCCGCCCCACGCCCUGUACAGCCGGCAGAUGCUGACCGGGGAGUACCAUUCGGGGACGCCCCUGGUGGAGGUAUCCAAGGCGCUGACGCUGAUGGACGAGGUGCUGGAUCUGGCCCACCAGUGUGGCGCCUCCAUCAAGAUCUAUGAGACUGCCCGCGAGCAUAUGCAGGCCGCGCAGGAGCUGGGGGGUCCAAAUACGGACAUCGCGGGGGUCUAUGGGGCGGUGCGCGUGGAGAGUGGAUUGCCUUUUUGGAACACCCCGGAGUAGCC